GUGGUCAGCAGGUUCAUCUUCUUGCGCUCAUAGUGUAUUGGCGACUCAACUAACUACCGGUUUGAGUCGCAUACUGUGUUGUCCGCGACGCUAUUCCCAACUGUAUUCCCACAUCACUUACACCGUCGCUUACACCGCCGUGACACCUAGCCGCUACAUCCCGCCGCCACACGCAACGUUUCUACGUUCUCCAUAGUCUCACAGAACUCCCCUCAUAGUCCGCUGCGAUAUGCAAUAGCGUCAUUUUUAAUACCUUAUCCGGUAUUUCCACCUCAGCAGCGAUCCUGAUAUACCCCGACUCCUUCGACCCCGGAGGGCUCGCCGUGACCAUGCUUUCCUACAACACCUCUGCCGUCAACGGGCAACGGCCGUCAUCCGCUGGCAACAUUCCUCCUUCACCAAAUACCGCAGGACUGGCCACGACGACGCUCUCGAACGGGGUGAUGGACAACGGUGCUGCAUCGACCGAGGAGUCCCCGGCCAAGGCGCAGCACAUCUGGCUCGUCACGGGGCCCGCGGGGUGUGGGAAGAGCACAGUAGCAAAGCAUAUCGCUAAUGCGCUUCAGCUGCCGUUUAUCGAAGGUGACGAGUACCAUCCAAAGGCAAACAUCGACAAGAUGAGCGCCGGCAUCCCGCUGACGGACGCGGACCGGUGGGACUGGCUGACGGCCCUGCGCGAGGCGUCGAUCCAAGCGCUGAACCGGGGCAGCGACGGCGUGGUCCUGACCUGCUCGGCGCUCAAGCGCAAGUACCGCGACGUCAUCCGGGUUGCCCCCUACUUCGCCCCGAACCUGCACCUGCACUUCAUCUAUCUCGACGCGCCCGAGGAGCUCCUCCUGCAGCGGGUGUCGGCGCGCAAGAACCACUACAUGGGCGCCAACAUGGUGCACAGCCAGUUCGACAUCCUCGAGCGGCCCGGCCCGGACGAGGUCGACGCCAUCACCAUCGAUGUCGCGCGGCCGGCCGAGGAGGUCAUGGCUGACGCGCUCGACCGGGUAGUCAAGACAAUAAACCGCGGCGGCUCGGACGGCCAGGAAUGAGCAAUUGUUUGCGCCGGGGGGGAGGGGGAAGGGCCAAGGGUGGAGAGAGCGCGGCUCCUAUAUUAGAGGAACAGUCCGACCAAAUAGGAAGUUGGUUUCUGUUUUCGUUUCUUUUGCC